CGCGCCAUUCUCCCCACCGCGCCCCUCGUUCUCCCCAACGGGCCCUUUGUACGUGCUCGGCGGCGUGCAAACGCGCUCGGCACGUGACCCCUCCGAACGUGGCAUUGUGUUAUCACGUGACCCAGGUGCGUACGCGACGGAGCGGGGUGUGAAGAUGGCGGACGAAGAGGCCGAGCAGGAGAGGUUGAGUCGCGGCGGAGGCGGCUGCGUCGCGGAACUGCAGCGUUUGGGAGAGCGCCUCCAAGAGCUGGAGCGACAGCUGCGGGAGAGACAGGUGCCGUCCGUGGAAGCGGCCACAGAAUACUGUCAGCAGCUGUGCCAGACACUCCUUGAAUAUGCAGAGAAAUGGAAAACUUCAGAAGAUCCCUUACCUUUAUUGGAGGUAUACACAGUGGCUAUCCAAAGUUAUGUUAAAGCCCGACCUUAUCUUACCUCUGAAUGUGAAAAUGUAGCAUUGGUUCUGGAGCGCUUGGCAUUAAGCUGUGUUGAGCUUUUAUUGUGCCUGCCUGUUGAGUUAUCAAAUAAACAGUGGGAACAAUUUCAGACACUGGUGCAGGUAGCUCAUGAAAAGCUGAUGGAGAAUGGCAGCUGUGAAUUGCAUUUUUUAGCUACUCUAGCUCAAGAGACUGGGGUGUGGAAAAACCCGGUACUGUGCACUAUUCUUUCCCAGGAACCCUUGGAUAAGGAUAAAGUGAAUGAAUUUUUAGCUUUUGAGGGCCCCAUCUUGUUGGAUAUGAGAAUUAAACAUCUAAUCAAAACAAAUCAGUUAAGUCAAGCAACUGCUCUAGCAAAGCUGUGUUCUGACCAUCCAGAGAUUGGUACAAAAGGUAGUUUUAAGCAAACUUACCUUGUCUGUCUUUGUACAUCAUCACCAAAUGAAAAGUUAAUCGAAGAGAUUUCAGAAGUUGAUUGCAAAGAUGCACUAGAAAUGAUCUGUAACUUAGAAUCUGAGGGUGAUGAAAAAAGUGCUCUUGUUUUAUGUACUGCAUUUUUGUCACGUCAGCUCCAACAAGGAGAAAUGUACUGUGCUUGGGAACUCACUCUCUUUUGGAGUAAAUUACAGCAGAGAGUAGAACCAUCUGUACAUGUGUACCUAGAAAGAUGUCGUCAACUUUCUUUGUUAACCAAGACGGUAUAUCACAUUUUCUUCCUGAUUAAAGUUAUUAAUUCAGAGACUGAAGGGGCUGGACUUGCUACCUGUAUAGAACUAUGUGUAAAAGCUCUUCGCUUGGAAUCUGCAGAAAAUACUGAAGUGAAAAUAUCUAUUUGCAAGACCAUUUCAUGUUUGUUACCUGAUGAUCUGGAAGUUAAACGUGCUUGUCAGCUGAGUGAAUUUCUUAUUGAACCUACAGUAGACGCAUAUUAUGCUGUGGAAAUGUUGUAUAACCAGCCAGACCAGAAGUACGAUGAAGAGAAUCUUCCAAUACCAAAUUCUCUACGCUGUGAGCUCUUACUUGUAUUAAAAACACAAUGGCCCUUUGAUCCAGAAUUCUGGGAUUGGAAAACCUUAAAACGACAAUGCCUUGCAUUAAUGGGGGAAGAAGCAUCCAUUGUGUCUUCAAUUGAUGAACUAAAUGAUAGUGAAGUUUAUGAGAAAGUAGACUACCAGGAAGAAAUUAAAGAAACUUCUGUGAAUGGACUUACUGGUGGAAUUGGUGCUAAUUCUGGCCUUCUUAGUGAUGAAAAGCAGAAGAAGAAGGAGAUAAAACAGUUAAGAGAGAGGGGGUUUAUAUCUGCUAGGUUUCGGAAUUGGCAAGCCUACAUGCAGUAUUGUGUGCUAUGUGACAAAGAAUUCCUUGGUCAUAGAAUAGUACGACAUGCUCAAAAACAUUACAAAGAUGGGAUUUACAGUUGUCCCAUAUGUGCAAAGAACUUUAAUUCUAAAGAAACUUUUGUCCCUCAUGUCACGUUGCAUGUUAAACAGUCUAGUAAAGAGAGACUAGCAGCUAUGAAACCGUUAAGAAGAUUGGGAAGGCCUCCUAAGAUCACAACUACCAAUGAAAAUCAGAAGACUAAUGCUGUGGCCAAGCAGGAACAGCGGCCUAUAAAAAAGAAUAGCCUCUAUUCAACAGACUUUAUAGUAUUUAAUGACAAUGAUGGUUCAGAUGAUGAAAAUGAUGACAAAGAUAAAUCUUAUGAGCCAGAAGUGAUCCCAGCCCAGAAACCAGUACCUGUCAAUGAAUUUAAUUGCCCUGUAACUUUUUGUAAAAAGGGCUUUAAGUACUUUAAAAAUCUAAUUGCUCAUGUAAAAGGGCAUAAAGAUAGUGAAGAUGCCAAGCGCUUUCUUGAAAUGCAAAGCAAAAAGGUUAUUUGCCAGUACUGUAGGCGGCAUUUUGUAAGUGUUACUCAUCUCAAUGAUCACUUACAAAUGCACUGUGGCAGUAAACCAUAUAUCUGUAUACAGAUGAAAUGUAAGGCCGGUUUUAAUAGUUAUGCAGAGCUCUUGACCCACCGAAAGGAACAUCAAGUCUUUAGAGCAAAGUGUAUGUUUCCUAAAUGUGGCAGAAUUUUUUCAGAAGCUUACUUACUAUAUGAUCAUGAAGCACAGCAUUACAAUACCUAUACUUGUAAGUUUACAGGUUGUGGUAAAGUGUAUCGUUCUCAGAGUGAGCUAGAAAAGCAUCUGGAUGAUCACAGUACUCCUGAAGAAGUGCUGCCUCCAGAACAGCUUAAUUCAUCUGGAGCUUCUGUUCAGUCUACCAAAGUGAAUCAGAACUCAGAAGGGAACACUGAGAAAGAAAUGUCUAUGCUUUUUUCAGAAAACACAGGCAAUACCCUAUCAGCAGAUAGAGGUGAUGCAUGGGAGAAAAACAAGGCAGAAUCACCUGUGGCCAAACAAGACCAGAUUUCUGCUGCUGAGCUCAGGCGUGCUGAUGAACCAUUGUCAAAUGGUUUGGAAAACCUUGCUACUACUCCACUGCUGCAGGCCAGUGAAGUAGCUGUAUCCAUUAAGGUAUCCCUCAAUCAGGGCAUCGAGGAUAACUUUGGAAAGCAAGAAAACUCAACUGUGGGAGACACCAGUUCAUCACUGGUCACAAAUCUACGUACAGUAGUUGAGGAUUCUUGUAAUGAUCUGUGUCAUCCAGGUUUCCAGGAGAGAAAAGAACAGGACUGCUUUAAUGAAGCCCAGGUUACUCAAAAUUCUUUAGUAAAUUCAGAAACCCUCAAAACAGAAGAACUUUCCCCACAAAACUUAGAGAAACAAGUGAACAACUUGAUGAACUUUUCUGUGCAAAAUCAGGCAGGAUUUCAAAACAGUUUGUCAACAUCUAAAUUUGAAUGUGGAGGUAAUGUUAAAACUUCGUCCAAUCUUUGUAAUUUACCUCUAAAGACAUUAGAAAGUAUCACAUUUGUUCCACCACAGCCCAACCUAAGCAGUUCUUUAGGAACUCCAUCAGUGCCUCCAAAAGCGCCAGUUCAGAAAUUCAGUUGCCAGGUUGAGGGAUGUACUCGAACCUAUAAUUCUUCACAGAGUAUUGGGAAACACAUGAAGACAGCACACCCUGACCAGUAUGCUGCAUUUAAAAUGCAGUGCAAAAAUAAGAAAGGUCAGAAAUCUAACAACUUAAAUGCACCAAAUAAUGGAAAGUUUGUUUAUUUUUUGCCAUCACAGGUGAGCAGCUCUAACAAUGCAUUUUUUAUACCACAGACCAAAGCCAAUGGGAAUCCUACUUGUUCAGAUCAGUUGCAAGACGUCUCAUCUUCCAUUUUUCCAGCUCAUUUAGCCACUGUGUCAACUCCACUGUUACCCUCAGUGGAAAGUGUCAUAAAUCCAAAUAUACCUUCUCAGGAUAAAAAUGAACAAGGUGGUGGUAUGUUAUGUUCCCAGAUGGAAAAUUUGUCUAAUACUACCUUGCCAGCACAAAUGGAAGAUCUAACCAAAACAGUUUUACCUUUGAAUAUUGACAGUGGCUCAGAUCCUUUCCUCCCUUUACCUGCAGAAAGUAGUUCAAUGUCUCUCUUCCCUUCACCAGCAGAUAGUGGAACCAACUCUGUUUUUUCCCAACUGGAAAAUAAUUCAAAUCAUUUUUCCUCACAGAUUGAGGGAAACACCAAUUCCUCCUUUCUCAAAGGAGGCAAUGGUGAAAAUGCAGUUUUUCCCUCACAAGUAAAUGUUGCAGAUGACUUCAGUAGUACCAGUGCCCAACAGUCUGCUCCUGAAAAAGUUAAGAAAGACCGUGGGCGGGGCCCAAAUGGGAAGGAAAGGAAACCGAAGCACAAUAAAAGGGCUAAGUGGCCUGCAAUUAUCAGAGAUGGAAAAUUUAUCUGUAGCAGGUGUUACAGGGCUUUUACCAAUCCCAGAUCUCUGGGUGGACACUUAUCUAAGAGAUCUUACUGUAAACCACUGGAUGGAGCAGAGAUUGCUCAAGAACUUCUACAGAGUAAUGGACAGCCUUCUCUUCUUGCCAGCAUGAUUCUCUCAACAAAUGCAGUAAAUAUGCAGCAGCCACAACAGUCUACCUUCAAUUCAGAAGCAUGUUUUAAAGAUCCAUCAUUCCUGCAACUUCUUGCUGCUGAAAAUCGUUCAACAUUUUUACCAAAUACAUUUCCUAGGACUGGUGUGACUAACUUUAGUACAGGUGUUAGUCAAGAAGGAAGUGAAAUUAUUAAACAGGCUUUGGAAACUGCUGGCAUUCCUAGUACAUUUGAAGGUACUGAAAUGCUUCCUCAUGUUCCAGCAAGUUGUGUCUCAGAUGCAGCACAAGUAAAUGCAACAGUGAUACCAAAUCCAGCAGUGCCACCACCCCUGUUGCAGACUGUAUGCCACCCUAAUCCCCUGCUGACAAACCAGAAUAGACCACCAAACUCCAAAACUCCCUCCGUUGAGGAAUGCAGCAGUUUGCCUGUUUUUCCAACAAAUGACUUACUACUAAAAACGGUUGAAAAUGGUUUGUGCUCUAGUACAUUCCCUGAUUCUGGUGGGCCAUCACAAAAUUUUACCAAUAAUAGUUCACGUGUUUCAGUUAUCAGUGGUCCUCAGAACACAAGGUCCAGUCAUUUAAAUAAAAAGGGGAACAGUGCUUCUAAGAGAAGAAAGAAAGUUACUCCUCAACUUAUUGCACCUAAUGCUUCCCAAAACUUGGUAACAAGUGACUUAACAGCAAUGGGACUUAUAGCAAAGAGUAUUGAAAUACCAACUACUAACCUUCAUUCAAAUGUAAUUCCAAAUUGUGAACCUCAGGGUUUGGUGGAAAAUCUAACACAGAAAUUAAAUAAUGUUGACAAUCAGUUAUUUAUGACUGAUGUGAAAGAAAACUUUAAAACCAAUGUUGAGUCUCAUACAGUGUUAGCUCCUUUACCAUUAAAAACCGAAAAUGGUGAUUCCCAAAUGAUGGCUUUGAAUUCAUGCACAAGUUCAGUAAAUUCUGACUUGCAGAUUUCUGAAGACAGUGUCAUACAAAAUUUUGAAAAGACUCUUGAAAUUAUUAAAAGUGCUAUGAAUUCUCAAGUUCUUGAGGUGAAAAAUGGAUCUCAGGGUGUUGGUGAAACAUCACAGAAUGCUCAAAUAAAUUAUACCAUUCAACUUCCUUCAGUGAACACUGCACAAAAUAACAAAUUACUUGGUACUUCUCAGUUUUCCUCCCUCAUGGGUGUCAUGCCAGCAAAAAGUAACGUUCCUCAGUCUGAAGUAUUACAUAAGGAAGAUCAAAUGCAGGAAAUUUUAGAAGGGUUACAGAAAUUAAAAUUGGAAAAUGAUCUAUCCACUCCAGCAACCCAAUGUGUACUAAUAAAUACGUCAGUGACACUGACUCCUACUCCUGUUAAAUCAAUUCCAAAUGCUACAGUUGUUCAGCCAGUUUCUGAAAUGCUAAAUAAUAUUCAGUUCAGUGACAAAGUUAAUAAACCCUUCGUGUGUCAAAACCAAGGCUGUAAUUACAGUGCUAUGACAAAGGAUGCUCUAUUUAAGCACUAUGGUAAAAUUCAUCAGUACACUCCAGAAAUGAUUCUUGAAAUUAAGAAGAAUCAAUUGAAAUUUGCUCCAUUUAAAUGUGUAGUACCUACAUGUACGAAAACAUUUACAAGAAAUUCUAAUCUUCGGGCACACUGUCAGUUGGUACAUCAUUUUACAACGGAGGAAAUGGUAAAGUUAAAAAUAAAAAGACCUUAUGGAAGAAAGUCUCAGAGUGAAAAUUUGUCAGCCCCACGAAUACCACAAGUAAAAAGACAGCUAGUUAUGACAGAGGAAAAUAAAAGGGAACUCCAGUCUGCCGUGGAAUUGGGGGCAAUGAAGGAAAAUGCUUUCAAUAAUACAGCAGUGAUUCCAGAAAAACAACUUGUAGGCAAAAAAAGUCCUGAAAAAACAGAAAGUUCUUCACAGAUGAUUACAGUUAUUUCAGAACAAUGUAACACAAAUUGUCUCACAAACAUACAAACCAAAGGAAGGAAAAUUAGAAGACAUAAAAAAGAAAAGGAGGAGAAAAAACGUAAGAAGCCAGUUUCCCAGGCCCUUGAGUUCCCAACAAGAUACAGUCCCUACAGACCUUACCGAUGUGUUCAUCAGGGUUGCUUUGCUGCUUUUACAAUACAACAGAACUUAAUUCUGCAUUACCAGGCUGUACACAAAUCAGAUCUACCUGCAUUUUCUGCAGAGGUUGAAGAGGAAAGCGAAGCUGGUAAAGAAAGUGAAGAAAUUGAAACUAAACAAACUGUAAAAGAAUUUCGAUGUCAGGUGAGUGACUGUUCUCGAAUUUUCCAAGCAAUUACUGGCCUGAUACAACACUAUAUGAAACUUCAUGAAAUGACUCCUGAGGAAAUUGAAAGUAUGACUGCUUCUGUGGAUGUUGGAAAAUUUUCAUGUGACCAGUUAGAGUGUAAAUCCUCAUUUACGACAUACUUGAACUACGUUGUUCAUCUUGAGGCAGACCAUGGAAUUGGGAUAAGGGGAAGUAAAACUGAGGAAGAUGGCAUAUACAAGUGUGACUGUGAAGGCUGUGACCGUAUAUAUGCAACUCGGUCUAAUCUCCUUAGACACAUUUUUAAUAAGCAUAAUGACAAACAUAAAGCUCAUUUGAUUCGGCCAAGAAGAUUAACACCUGGUCAGGAAAAUAUAUCAAGCAAAGCAAACCAAGAAAAGACAAAGUCUAAACAUCGGGGGACAAAACACAGAUCUGGAAAGGAAGUAACCAAAAUGCCUAAGACCAAACGAAAGAAAAAAAAUAAUAUAGAAAACAAGAAUGCAAAGAUUGUACAAAUUGAAGAAAAUAAGCCUUAUUCUCUGAAACGUGGAAAGCAUGUCUAUUCUAUAAAGGCUAGAAAUGAUGCCUUAUCUGAAUGUACAAGCAGAUUUGUGGCCCAGUAUCCAUGUAUGAUAAAGGGGUGUACAUCAGUUGUUACAAGUGAAAGCAAUAUAAUUAGACAUUAUAAAUGCCAUAAAUUAUCUAAAGCGUUUACAUCACAACACCGCAAUCUUCUUAUUGUCUUCAAACGGUGUUGCAACUCACAAUUAAAGGAAACUGCUCAGCAAGAAAUUGAUAAAAACGAAGUGAAGGAAUCUGACACAUGUGUAUCAGAGAGCAAUGAUAACUCAAGAACAACUGCAGUUCCACAGAAGGAAGUUGUAAAAAGUGAAAAAGAUGAAAUGGAUGAGCUAACAGAAUUAUUUAUUACAAAAUUAAUAAAUGAAGACAAAACAAGUGUGGAGACCCAAGCUCAUACCUCUUCAAAUGUAAAAAGUGAUGUUCAGGAAGAUAAUCCCUGCCAGUCAGAAAAGCAAAAAGCAAGUAAUUUGAAGAGAGUUAAUAAAGAAAAAAAUGUCUCCCAAAAUAAAAAGAGGAAAGUUGAAAAAGCUGAACCAGCACCAGCAGUUGAGUUAAGUAAUGUGCAUAAAGAAGAAGAAACUGCUGUUGCAAUUCAAACCACUGAGGAGCAUCCUGCAUCUUUCGACUGGAGCUCAUUUAAGCCAAUGGGAUUUGAAGUAUCAUUUCUGAAGUUUCUUGAGGAGUCUGCAGUGAAGCAGAAGAAAAAUACUGACAAAGACCAUCCAAAUAGUGGGAAUAAAAAAGGAUCCCAUUCAAAUUCAAGAAAAAAUAUUGACAAAACUGCUGUGAACAGUGGAAAUCAUAUAUGUGCUCAUAAAGAAACUGAAACCUUUGUACAGUUUGCCAAUCCAUCACAGCUUAAGUGCAGUAACAAUGUAAAAAUUGUUUUAGACAAGACUCUGAAAGAUUGCACUGAGCUUGUCUUAAAGCAACUUCAGGAAAUGAAACCUACCGUCAGUCUGAAAAAACUUGAAGUACAUUCAAAUGAUCCAGAUGUAUCUGUUAUGAAAGAAAUCGGUAAAGCCACAGGGAGAGGGCAGUACUGAUAACUAAUGUACUAUAAAUACAUCAUUUACAAUUUUAUUUUAAAUAGAAAGUCAUCAAGCAUGCUAGAAUCGUGAAACUUUUUUGUUAUUUUUUGUAGACAUGAAUUAACCUGGCCAAAAAAUAAAAAUUAAAAACAUGGCAUUUUGUCAUGUAAAACUUUUUUUUAUCCCUAUGGGACUUGAAGAAUAGAAUCAAAACUUCAGUUAAUGUAAAUAUUGAGCUUAACCUCAAAUUUUUAUCAACCAAUUGCCCUUUUUAUGAACUAAAAUGAAUUAUCUAUGUGAUUGAUAUGUUUCACCAGGUCACUGCUCAUGUAUAACAGUACUCUGUAGAUAUCUUUUUUGUAUAUAUUUAUUAUUGUAAAUCAUUUGCUGCCACCAGCAGUGUGUAAUUCUAAACUAUUAAAUGACACGUUUAUAUUUGGAAUUUUAAUUUUUAACUAAGUAAUCAAGUUUUUAAAACUUUCAUUGUUUUAAAUUAAGGAUUUUUGAACGAAAACUAGAAACUGCCAUAGUUGAUUGAUUUUUACAUAAAGCAUUUAUUUACAAGAUCUCAAAAUUACUUUUCUCAAAGUAGGCACGUUAUAACAACACCUUGCUCUGCUUUGUAAAUUUGCCAUCCAGGAUUUCAGGGUGGUAUUCAUGUGAAAUUAAAGCAGAUUCUUUAGCAGUUUCUUAUAGUUACAGUCCCCCCCCCUCAGUGCUUCUAAUUGGGUACAUAUAAAUGAUAUGAGUCCCUGAAAUAUAACGGAAAUGUGAAUAAAGAAUUUACAUCAGAGAUUAUAAACAUUUGGUAUUAAAAACAAUCUUUUGUGAAUGUGAUAGAAACUAGUAGUGUGGAGCAGUGUAAAUAUUUGAGGUGGUGAUUUGUGAAGUAGCCCAGUAUUGCCUUAAAUAAAAUCACAUUUCAUUUCUUGUUUUAUACAUGUGAUCUUAUAAGGGUUUGUUUUUCCAUUUUCUGAGAUUUAUAGAUUGGUGUAUAGCUUUAAACUGUAUAAACUUUUGUGGAAAAAUUUUUUUAAACAUUUUUAUAAACCUUAAAAUCGGUAUCAUCAAAUCGAGCCCAUCUUGUGUUUACAAAAUGCAAGAGUCCUUAACAUUUAUAAUUACAUAGAUGAAACACUUUCUAUAAGGAAGUUGGAUUUUUUGAUUUUACUGUUUAUAGAUGUUAGAUUGUACAGAUUUGUCUGUAUUUUCCCACCAUAUCUAAUGAUGCUUUUUUCAUUAGAUUGGUCUUCCAGAGCAGUAUUAGUUGUUAUAGUUGAUUAUUUUGGUUAUUCAGUAUAUGGUUAGCUCUUAGAGUUUAGUUUUAUUCACCGUAUUUAUACUGUGGAUUCACAGCCACAGAUAGAAGUUAUUUCAGAAGCGUUUAUGACCUUCUCAUUUGAAGUCCAACUAAAAUCAGUACUGGAAACAAAACAUCCUUUCAAAUUGACUUGUUUCUGUUUGCCAUAAAUGGUAGAAUUGAUUUUUGACUUUGUGUUUGUUAUAAACCAGUUGCAUUCACAAUAUUAUUAGCCUGAGAUAUUGAUGAGAUUGUGAUAGUAUGAAAAUGUGUUUAUUCCCUGUGCAACAUCAGAUUUGCAGGAAAAAUGAAGCACUUAACAUUAACUGAAAUUGCUGGUACUCUGAAUAAACUAGCAGGUGUUACAGUUUUCUUUUUAGGGCCUAAUUGGUUAUAUUGAAUAGUUGGUUUUACCUCCUUAAGGUUUAUUACCAAUAUGCAUAAAACUUGAUACAUUAAAAUCCCUAUCCUUUGGUAAAUCCAUUGUUAUUUAUUAAAAUAAAAGUUCUUAUGGGUGAUAAAUACAUGUUUUUUUCCUAAGUUAACAAUAACUUAACUUUGAGUAAUUGUAAUAUUAAACUUUUGUUAACAACUUAUGUUUUCGUACAGUUUUCUUCAAAGAUGAUCUAGCUCUUAAAGGUAGGCAUUUGGCAAAACUGCCCUAUAUAUAGUGCAGUAGCAAGUAGGUUUAUUUCUGAUGAAUUUAGUGACAAACCGCUGUUAAGUGAAAAUGCCAAUGUGUUGGGGCUUUUCCUUUGCUCAUUUAACAUAAAAUUGACCACUAGACAUUUUUGUAACUGUUCUCCUAUAUGUUAGGGAAAAGAGUUUGCCAACAUUGAGUUAAAUUUUUUACGUUUGGGUUCUGUAUGCUAAAAGUUAUUAUGGAAGAGUGGGCUUUUUAGCAUGGAACAGAAAUCAAAUUAUGGCAUAAAAAUAAAUAUGAAUUUAUAGAAUAGCAUGUUGGUAAAAUUUGAUAUGGAAUGUAAUGCCUAAGUAUUAAAAAAGAAUCAUAAAUUAUAUAUUUUUCAUGGUAUACUUUUUCUCAGUCAUUUGUGUUGAGAUACAUUUUUCCUCCAGCCUAAAUUUACCUGAGAUUUCAUCAUUAAAAAUUUGUGUUUUCUCCCUCUUCCAAAUCCCCUAAAAUUUGAAUCUGCAGAUCACAAUGUGUUAUUUAAAAUCAUUGUGUUGAGUGAAAUAUAACAGUUUGGGAAAUUUUUAGCAGUGUUAAAUUCAGCAUUGUUAAAUUCUAAAGAGAUGGGCAGAGGUAGAGUUUUAACAAGGCAAGUUUGAUUAUUAGGUUAGUACAUACAGUUGCUAAAGCUGUUGAGAUAAAAGUACAUGAAGAGUACAGCUAGCAACAUCAAAGGAAAAAUGCUAUUUUUUUUUUUAUGGGGGAAGGUUAGCAGUUACAGAAGUCUUGUUAGAUAAGAUGGGUCUUGACAGAUGAAUGAGUAGACAUCAGAAGGUCAGAGGGGAAAAAGAAAUCCUAGCUGUGGAGGGAUGCAAAGGGACACAGUGCGUUUGUGGUAUUGCAAGUGGUCCGUGUGGAAAGGCAGUUGGAAAAGCCAGUGAGGCAGAUGGGCCAUGUGAUUAAGGUUCUUAUGUUUGCCAUAUUAGUCUUUAUCUUUUAUGUGUAUGUGGUUACUUAGUGCAUUUAAGUUGAACAAUUUGAUCAGGUACCGAUUUUAGAACGCUAAUUAGCUGUAUAAAGAGGAUAAAUUGGGUAAGUUGGAGAUUAAAAUCAGAGAGACUUGAAAUAGUCCACUCAAAAAAUUAUGGGAGCCAGAAGAAUGUUAAUGGGCUUGAGAAAGAAACUAAUGGAUGUAAGAGGUGUUAAAAAGCAGAGCAGUAAGGCAGCCCUUUUCAAAAUCUUUAUUGUGGUGAAAUCAGAGGUUUGGAAGGUGAGAUCUAUAUCAAAGUUUUUAAAUAUUUGGGUAUAUACCUCUAAAUUAGUGUUCUAAGGAACACACUUUGGGGAAAUGAUCUAAAAGGGCACUGACUCAGCCAGGAUGGGUAAUCAGCAGGUGUGCACCAAUGUGGCUGCAUUACCUGUUUACAAAUGGUAAUUCUGACUGGUCAGUUUAUUCAUUCCAGUUGAUUGACUGUAUUGAUAAUGUUUUGAAUAUCACCCGGCAUUUAAAUAUUAAAUGCCAACUAAGUGCGCUUUGAUUAAAUUUUAAUCUCUUUAAAGUCCCUGCCUAUUUCUCCACUUACACCUACUUCCCCUUUUCCCAGUGUUUCCAUCUCUCUGAACAUACACCAAGCUACAUCUGAGAGUCUUCACUCAUAUUGUCUCCUCAGUUUGGAAUGUUUAUUCCUGUGUUUGUGUGGCUGACUCCUUAUCUAUCAGUUCUCAGCCUAGAUGUCACCUCGUCAGAGAGAUAUCCAGGUAGCUCUAUAAUAAAGUUUCACAUGCCCAUUCUCUAUAAGUGUUUAAGAGUUUUAUAUCUACUCAUUUAUUAUCUGUGCCAUUCAAUACUACCAUUCAAUGAACAAAAUGGUAUUUCCCAGUGGUCUUCCUCAAUCAAGGUAUCUCUCAUGUCAGGGGUCUUUUCCUCAUAAGUAGGAGUCCUAUACCUUGUAAUCAAAAUCUCUUACUUAAAAUUCUUGGAUUCAAGAUCCUCUUUCUCUAGUCACAAAUGUUUUUCAGCACAUCUGGAGAUAUUUCCAUUAAAAAAUUACACCUUAUCACAGCUAAUCAGUUAAUCCUACCACUUGCCAGCUUGGGUCCUCAGUUUGUUUAGCUUAGAAAUUAGAUCUCACUUUUAUGCACACUUCUUUGCUAAUAUCCUGAAAGCAGGCUGCUCUCUGUGAUGACCUAGAAAAAAAAUCUCAAAACCUGUCUACUUGAGCAGUUGAAAGGGAAAAAAUUAUUUUACCAGGCAGGGUUAUCUAAAAACUGCAUGGCAAUUUUUCUGUGGUUAUAUUGUAACUAACUUCCAUGAGCUUAGAUGAUUUAUACACUCCAUCACUUAAUAUUCCCACUCUCUUCAUCUGAAUAUCUUUAAAUCACAUUUUGCUGAGAAAAUACAGAAAUUUUAUGGGAAUUUUCUCAACUUUUCAACCACCAGAUUUACAAACCGAUUCAUAUCUGCACUGUUAUUACAAACCAGCUCCUCACAGGGUCUGGAUCCCAUGCCCCCUCACCUCAAAACUUUUAAUUAACUUUCCCUGUUUCGUCAACUUUCUUUUACUAUAUAUCCUUUCCGAAAGCUUAUAAAUAUGCCAUAGUAGCUUCUAUUCAAAGAAGGGGCUGCCUUUUAUUUGGUCCCCAUCAUAGCUAAUCUAAGUUGCCUACUCAAAACACCCCAUUUCUUCACUUGUGGUUUGGUGCCACUUUAUAUGCCCCUUCAGCUACCCUGUAAUUGAUCUUGUCCAGAUCACCAGUCUCUUCAUGGUGCCGUGUCUGUAGGUUCAUUUUCCUGCCUUUACUCACUGCCCGAGGUGCUUUUGAUAGGGUCGAUUGAAAUAGUCUCUUGGUUUUGACAUUUUCUCUUUUAGUUUUCCCAUUAUGCUUUUGGCUCCAUCACUGGCUCCAACUCUAGUUUCUCUCCCAGUACCUGACCUUUGGGUUCAUUGUGUAUGUCUCCUCUCUUGGGAUGGUUUAGUCUAUUCUAUGGAGUUUGGUAUUGUCUCUGAGAUCAGACUUUUCCUAAGCUUCUCAAGCCUUUUCAGGCUUGUCUCACUCAUAGUUAAACAUAUCACAUCCAAAUCAUUGUAUUGUUCCCACCCUGCCUUCAGUUUGUUCCUCUCUCAAUAUUCUCUAUCUGGAUAAGUGAAGUCAGUACCUGAGUUUCUCAAUUGAUAUUCUUUAAUGUUAUAGUAAUCAAUACAUGUACUUACCCUGUGUUUGGUCACAAUUAUAGUUAUUUCUCCAUUGUAAGUAAAAGGAGCCCUUCUCUUCAUGUCUCAUCCAAAUCACUGUUAUUUUUUGUGAAGACCACUAUAAUAUUCCCCUUACAGAGUUUAUUCUAGAAUAUUACCCACCUGGCAGCUAGGUUGAUUUCUUGUUUAGUAUUUGAGGUUGCAUGGCUCAGGAAUUCAUUUAUUAUCUUCACACUGCCCUUGAAUAAAAUGUGGCUUGGGUUUUUUACUGUGAUUCCUGCCUUCCUAAGCAUAUUGUGACUCUCCUUUGUUCAUUGUGUUCUAGCCACAUUGGUUUCUUUUGACUUCCUCAAACCAUCCUAGGUCUUUCCCUUCUCAAGGCCCUUGCGCUAGCCCUUCUGCUUGGAAUGCCAUUUUCUCAACUCAUUCUUCAGGUCUUAGACUUCUAGCUCCAUGACUGAUUACUCCAUUACAGCACUGAAUUGCUUUUCAAAGACAGCAUUUAUCACAAGUUAUCAUUGCUUUUUCUCCCUGCUUUAUUUUUUCUUUUUACUCCCACCCCCAAUUAUUGACCUAUAGUUUGCGCAAGGUCAAAAUCCUUUCUGGUUAGGUCACCUACCAUUCUAUGUCAAGAGCCUAGUCCAAUACCUUGGAUAAUAAGUAUUAAUUUUAAAAUUUUAUUGAAUGCUUAAAUGGGAGAUGAAGUGAACAUAAUUCUGACUCUUGGAGCUCAGAGUCUACACAAUCAAUAUAAGGGGAUUAUAAGGAUGUAUAAUAGAGUGAGAAUAUGAUGCUAUGUGGUCUGUGGUAAAGGAAAGCAAUUAAGAAGGAGAGGCUGGUGAGGCAGAGGAAACUAUGCCAAGGUAAGUUCCGAUAGGAAUAGCUUUUAAGGAAAGGGCCAAAAGCUGGUAAAGAGUUUAGAGUGAAUGAGGAAAGGUAAGAGCCAGGUCACAGUAUUUUAGAUCUAGGGUUCACAUUUGAGUUGUAAGCAAAAGAAUGAGAUUCUUAACACUUGGAGUUUAGAAGUUCACUGUGAUGAGGGAGCAUUCCAGUGGGGGUUCAAAAACAGGAAGGCUGUCUAAGCCAUCCAGGGAGCAGUGGGCACUGUCGUGCUGGCUAAAGGAGAAAAGUGGACAGCCUUGAGAGAUUCUAGAAUAUUUGGCAAGACUUGGUCAUUAUGGAAUGAGGGGAAGGGGGGAAGUCCAGAACAUUUCCAUAGUUGAAGAAAUCCUGUUUAUUCAGGCAGGUGAGGCUGAGCAGCAGUACUGUGAGUUGGAUGGUUGCCUGGGGAAAGAGUCUGUAGAAAAAAAUGCAGGGCUUAACUCUGAGCAAGUGGGUAUUUUAAAGUACAUUCAAAGAAGUGGGGAAAUUGUGAGACUAGCAGGAUGGAAAAAUUUUAAGGAAGUGUGUUCAAUUCUGUCACGUUAUGCUAAGAUAAGGAUUGUAAAGUAUCCUUUGGAUUUAAUGGUAGGAAAGUGAUCAGGACCUUUGCAGUUACUUAGUUUGAAUGGAAGCCAUUUUUAGGAGUAUAGAGAGCAAGUGUGUAAACACCUAUUUUUGAAAUAAUUGUUGCGAAGGAGAGAAGAUAAAUUCAGGGGAGUAUCGUAACCAGUUUUUAAAAUUUUAGGCAAAUAGCAUAUCCAAAUGCCAAUGAGAAGGAUUUGGUAGGUAGGGGUUAAGGUGAGAGAAAUUGCGUAUAUUACAGAAUACUUAAGUUUCCAGCUUGGGUAAUUGUGAAUGGUGAUGCUGUUUACCAUGGUAGUAGAGAAGUAAUGCGGUUGAAGUAAAGGUAAGGUAAGUGUUGAGUUUGAGGUACCUCUGGGUCAUGAAGGCAGAGAGGUAUGGUAAUCGGUUUCUUUAUAGGGGUCUGAAGUUUAAACUCCUUGAGGACAAACAUUCUUUUUCUUUUAUCUCUUAAGCAUUUAGCCCAGAAUCUGAGCUAUAGUAAGAGCUUAAUACAUUUGUUAGAACUGAAAGAAGCAGCAAGGAUGUAGUGAAGGAUGGAUUGCAAGAGAAGAACCCCAAGGAAUAGCAACACUUAGUGUGCAGGGGGGAAAUUAGCAAAGAAAACUCAAGAAGAAAGGGUUAGGUGAGAAUGGUAAAGGAGGUAAAGUUAUGGAGCAUUAUAGAGACCAGAAGAGAGAAUGGUAAAGUGUAGAUGGGCGUACCAAAUAUGCCCAUCUACAAAUAUGCCUAUACCAAAUACGCCUAUAAGACUAAGAAAAACAGGCUAGUAAAAUUAACCAUUGCUAGCCACUUUAGAGAAGUUUUAGUGGCUGUUUGUCCAAUUAUGUUCAGUUGAAUGGUGAAUGAGCUCACCAAGGAAAUGAAGGCAGUGAAUUAUUUAAGUAUCUUGCUCUAAAGAAAAGGAAAUGUGUUAAUCCCUGACCAUAGUUGGAGGUUUUUAAAGUUAGUCUUGAACAUUUGUGAACUCGAGAGAGGUACCCAUUAAAAAGAGCUCAAAGUUGAAAUGGAGUCUUUGAUAGAGCCCAGUCCCAAGAACAUAGGUUGGUGGAAGUAUCAGCAUUACAAAAUAGAAAGGAACUUUCUCUUAGACUAAGUCUGUUAAGUAGAAAUGGUGAGCUCCUUGUGAUGAAAUUUUUUAAAAACCUUCCCAACAGCAAGCCUUGGAAGAUUAGGAAAUCAAAGUACAAAUGAUGCAUUUGUACUUUGAGGCAUGAGAUGAAUGGAAGAGGGAGCUAAGUAGAAGAUAUACAGGAAUUACUGGUGAAUGUUCAAGGUUCAGUUGACCUAUCAGAGCAUAACGUGGCACCGCAUGAUUAUGUGACAUCCAGUUGUGUUCCUUGGCUUGAAUAGAGGAGGAAGAGGUUGCAUAGUCCUAGUAUGGGAAUUGGGCCAGUGAACUGAGUCCAGUUAGGAUUAGGAAACAAAGCCAGCACAAAAGGGGAGUGGCCAAGGGACUGGAGGUCUCAUGGUGUCAGAGGGAGGGUAUAAUAGAAGGCCAAGAAAUGGGCAUUAAAGCAUCAGAAUUAGAAGAUCUUAGGAGUAAUACAGCUUGCAGUAUCUGGAAACAGCCAGAGAAGUAGAUUGCUGAAUUAAAAUGUAAAUGAAGCUGGUUGGAGUUGAGAAAGUUAAAGAACUUUUGUCUUAAUUUAUUGGACUGCACACAGAAGAUGAGUCCAACAGAAACGAUUAGGAAGACCAACUGUGAGAGUGCCUCCUGGCUGUGUGGUGCAGGCAAAGAAUUUGGGGAAGUUUCAGAGUAUCUGCUUGGCCAAACAGCCUUGGGAGAUACAGGUUAGGUUUACAUUAAGUUGCAGAAUAUAAAUUUAUGAAGCAGCAAUGGGAGCCCUUUUUAAGGAGCACAAUGAGCAGAAUUGAAAGGUUUCCACAGAUUAAGUUGGAGAGGGACUAGAACAGGAUAAUUAUAGAUAGUAGAAAGUCAUAUAUUGUGGCCAAGGGGAGAAAUAAGCUUUGAAUACUUGAAGGCCAGAAGUACAGUCAUAAGUCUACAUUUAGACUUAACAGGAAUCUGCUAUAUCUAGCUUUCCCUGGCCUAGGUCUCAUGUAUCAAAUAUGCAAAUGUUGUAACAUUUAGUACUUGUUGGCUGCUACUGUGUGAUAGGCACUGCUAAGAACUACAUGUUUCCAUAUAUUCUGAAACCAACUCUUAAGACUUAGGUACUCUUAACCUUGUAAGAUGAGGAGAGAGGUAUGUGACAGCUGAGAGUUGGAACCAAGUAAACUAUCAGCUCUUGUGCAUGCCUUGAUUUGGGAAGCAUCGAUAGCCAAGUGACGUAAUGGAUGGCUUGGUUCCUUUAGCUAGAAUUACACUGUACAAAGUGUCUGGCUACUGAAGGACCCCCCCAGGUAAUUAGAAAACAGUAUUAAGAGAGAAUUUAUAGAUGACUUUUAAGACCCACAUUUAUGUUUUGUUAACAGUUUAAUACCGGUUUUACAACUUGAACUUCUGGAGCCAUGAAAGAGGUAACUGUUGAUGAAGGUAGGGAGCACAGAUACGCAAAGGGCUCACUGCUGCAGACAUUCACUGCAGUUGUGUACUCUUAAACCAAAGAAACUAAGGGCAAAAGAACUGAGCAGCAAUUGUGGAGAGAUUGACUAGGUUCUCACCAGCUCUCUCCACACACUAGUCUGUUGUGUAUUGGGAGCACUAUCAUUGAAACUUGUAAUCACAGGUUUGUUUGCUGCCAUCUUAGCUACCAGGUGCUUGUGUUCCCCCAAACAGCUAUGGGUGUGGCAAAAGAAUGUUCUUAGGAAGACAGGGGCUUUAGUGCUACCAUGCCUGGAUCCCUUAAAUACUCCCGUCCCCUGGGUAAGUUGGAGAAGAAUGGGCAUCGGUGAUAACAAUAGCCCUCAUGUGCCAAGUCCCUGUAUAGAAGCGAGGUAUCCAAGAAGUCUGCACUUUUGAGGACACAGUGGGUUUAAACUAUUAAGGAGCAGAUCACACCAGGAAAUUCUUCAUUAGAAACAGGUACCUAUGAGUUAUCUCAAGGGGAGUGCCCCUUGCCCUUUGCCAAACAGAAGUACCCCCUUUUAUAUUGGAUACUUCAAGAUGUUAACACCUAGACACUUAAGUAUGGAACGGGGGAUGGAAUAUGCCAGGAAUGGAUCGAUCUCUUAUUUCCGGUACACUGGCAGUCAAUAAAAUCCAAAUGUUCAAACAACUAAGUCAUUUUAGUAGUACUUGUUUGCAACUUCUAACCCUAAAAAAAAACCUACUUAGCUGGAUAAACUCAUCACAUUAUUUGAAAAUUUAAAAUCCAACCUUGAUGUAUGUACUCAGUCCAGUUAUGGCUACUUAAAACUGGAGUACUACAAAGUUUUCACUCAAGUAUAUGUGUCCUCAAAGGGAAUGUUAUAAACCCAUAAUGACAGGGGGGUGUUGAGAUUUAAAAUGUAAUUAACCUAUGCACCAUGAGAAUAAGAAAAUUAGGAACCCUAAUUUAUAGAUAAUUACAUGAGGAACGUGGGUUGAUACCACCAAACCUACAAUACAGGAAUCCUGGUUCAGAAGGCUUUCUCUGCUGCCCUCCUGGUAGAAGGUAUUGAUUGCCAUUCAAAGCAGGAUUAGGGUGUUGUGUUGGGAUUACCUGGGGAAGUUGCAACUAGGAGAGGCAGUGUGAUGUACUUACUUUAGUAACUAAGGUGAGAUUGUAAGUUCUUUCACAUUUCAUGCCAUACAUUGAUGUCUAAAUUUUUUUUAGAAUGUAGUUUAGUUUGUAACAGUGUAAAAUGAGAAACUGAAGCAACUCGAGUUUAUUCCAAUAAAAUCUUGGUCCCACACCACCACCUAGCUAAAGUAGAAGAGACAAAAGUAUGAAAGACAACAAACAGCUGCUUUGCCAAAGUGAACCAGAACUUUCUGCUUGGUAAUGUUGUGGGCCUUUCCAACACACGAUCAUGGUUGUGUGUAAUCCUAGACAUUUUCACUGUGUUUCUCUUGCUCUCUACUCACUCUACAAGGACAGAAAAUCUGAAUUUUUUUAUUUUAAAACUAUAGGCUGGGAUGCUUGGCUAUGUGGGGGUAGGAGAGGUUUCCUACUUUUUUCCAUUUCACUGACUAAGCAAUAACUGAAUGCAGCUUUUAUCAGAAGUACACCAUUGAAGAGCCAACAUGACCCAGCAGACCCUUCAAAAUUUGGAGCUCACUGGAGCAGCAGUUACAAAGGGCUGAGUCCCAAGAUCCUGGAAAGUAGGUUUGGGGAGCUCAAGAGUGAAUUCUGGUUUUCUCUAGUAAGAACUGUAUAAUAUUUAAUAAUUAUGUUUCACACACUGCUUUGAGCUCCUUACAUGUCGGCUCACUCAGUUACAAUCAUGGAAGCAGCGGGCAUUGGAGUUGAUUGUCACAGAGCUUUUAAUUAGAGACCUGGCUCAUCUAAGAAAUCCAUGUGUUCUUGGGCUAACAAUCCCUAGGAUACUGCUUGAAGGAAAACUUACCGUCACAAUACCGUGUGUGUGUGUACUUCCAGCAGAGUAAGCAGACAUUGUUCUAGAUUCAUAAUCUUGCCAGAAUGGGAAGAAAGAUCAUGUCACCAUUUUAAUUUAGUAAUCUCUUCUGUGUGUCAGUCCUGUUACUAUGUUGCUUUUCCAUCUUUAUAAGAGGCUGUGUUUACAUUGGCUUCACCAAAAAAAUUAGGUGUACUCCUUUUCAGGAAACAGGUAUGAAUGUUUUAUUCAAUAAAUAUUCAGAUGGUUUUUAUGUCUCACAGAGCUUGUUUUAAAAUUAGGUCAUUCACUUGUAGCUAGCCAGCAUCUGUCUUUCUGAGUUAAGGUUUGUCAACCUUUUCCGGAAGGAAGUUGGUCUGGGAGUGAAAUUGGAGAUGCACGAUUAACUCACGCUGCAUAUAAAAUCAGUUUAUAAGUAGAUGUGAGUGUAUAUAAAGCUCAUCUGUUUCAUAGGCCUUCAAAUUGGUGCUCAAGACACAACUGCACGGGGGUGAGAGGCCACAAGGUGGCAAGCUAACACCAGAAAUGAAUGUGUAGCUGAGACCUGGAAAUCAAGUGAGAAAUUGCCUUCAUAUUUUUUAUUUAUAGUGGGUGUGGGCUAAUUUUUGGUGGUCACUUAUAUUUUUGAAUACUUGUAAUCUACCUGAAUAGUUAUUGAAAUACAGUUUUAAAAAUUGGGAGGACUGUGAUACAUGGUUACAACUACUGAACAACUGUUUAAAUGGAAGCAGGCUAGAGCAUUUGUAUGAAUUACACAUAGUUUUAACUUUCUCCAAAGCACCAAUCAAAAAUCUUGUUUUGACAAGAAGGUAGUCACACUGCUACCUCUACAUGCAAAAGACACUUGUUUAUUUUUAGCUGGGCACAUUGCCAUCCCCAACAAAAUCAGUUAAUACCUAGUUGUCUAAUAAGGCAGGUUUUUUUUUUUUUUUAAUGGAUGUAACACAGUUACAUGACACCAGUAUUCCAAAGAUCUUUGCGACAAUUUUGUACAGGAAAUCUCUGGAAGAUUAGAUUUGGAACUUAAAAAAAACUGACAAGUCAAUUUAUCAUCCUGAGUUGUCUGAUUUAUAAGUAUGUUAAAAUAUUUCUUCCAAUUUCAGAAUGACUUUAGUUAGUACAACAGUUUUGCUGUAAGACUGAAUACAUUGUUACUGAGCAACUAUGGUGGGCUGAGCCCUGAGGGUAUGAUGAGGAUGUGGCUCUUCCCUGCAUUCAAGAUGUUCAUAAUUUAGAAGGGGAUACAAAUAUAUAAGCAAACAGUAUAGGAAUAAGCAAUAUAACGAAGCCUAUUGUGGAUUACAAUAACAUUUUUAAACUACCUUGUGAUGACCACAUCUCGUUUUCUUUUUAAAUUCUUAUUGAUUUUAAAGGUGGGGGAGAGGGAAACAUUGUUGUUUCACUCAUUUGUGCAUUUAUUUCUUGAUUUUUAUAUGUGCCUUGACCAGGGAUGGAACCUGCAACCUGGGCAUAUUAGGAUGAUGCUCUAACCAGCUGAGCUCUAACCAGUCCAGCCAGGGCAGUAGCUAACAUUUUUAGAUAAACUUUGUAUGCCAGUGCUUUGCAUGGAUUGUCUCAUUUCAUCUCUAACAAACGUAUGGCACAGGUAUUAUUUAUGUCUAUUUUACAUCAAAAGUUUGCUCUCUAGUAGAAAUAUUUGAUCGAAGCCUUGAAAUGAAAUUAGAAUUUCUCAAGGUGUAGAAAAGGAGAAUGAAAUCUCAUAAAAUAACCACCAUACAUAUUACUAUAAUGUCUUGAUUUAGUAAAUCCUACUGUAACCAGUUGUGUGGAACUGCCUAAAUUAGUCAUCAUCAUGUGAUGUUUUAUUUAUCGUACAUGAAUUUUUUUUAUAAAAGUGGUUUUCUAUUAAUCAGAUCUUUCUGUGGUAUCAGUUUUGUAUAGUGAUAUACCCAAGACAAAGUCUUAUUUUGCUGUUACCCAAUAUAUGUUCUAGGUGUGAAAACUAUAUGGUCUUGAAGAGUUAAAAGGGAAUGUGGAGGUUUUCUAGCUAUACCUCUCAUAUAAUCCAGGAAUAUCCACUUUUUCCUUUAUUUUUACUGUUUACACUGUUACAGAUGUCCCCAUUCUCUUUCACCCCCCCCCCUUUGCCUGCUUCCACCCAGUUCCCAGUCCCCCUUCCCUCUGGCCAUCACCACACUAGUCUGUGUCUGAGUUACCCAGUCCCUCCACCCCCUUCCCUCUGGCAGCCAGGAAUAUCCUUGAUUAUCUCUUUAAGUGUUAGGGGGUCUCACUACUUUGUCGAGCAAUUUAUUGUGGGGAAGUUCGGUUUAAUAGACCAUUUCCAUAUGAGGUAAGGAUUUUUAUCUCUUUGAUUUUCAGCCAUUGGUUUUACUCCUGAAACCUUGGAAAACAAAAAGCUAUUCGUUUCAAGUGUUAUGAAAAUCACUUCUUAUAAGUCUGCACACAAAUGUCCACUAACAGGAUUUAAUUACUUUUGGUCAAUAGGUUCAUACUAUACUUGGUUUAUGUUAAGGUGGUGGACAGCUAAAACUCCAAGGAUUUUAUGUUAUGAACUAAUA